AUGGAUCGUUAUUGUCACGGAUGUUUCUUGGCGCUGACGGCAACUAUUUCCAUUCUGCAUCUUGUCCAAGCUCAGUAUCAGCAAGGGUUCAUCAGUUUGGAUUGCGGCCUACCUGCACAUGAGUCUCCAUAUACGGAACCUUUUACCAAUUUGACGUACACAUCCGAUGCCAGUUUCAUCCGCAGUGGAAAAACUGGUAGAAUCCAGAAAGAACCGGGCGGUAUCUACAUGAAGCCGUAUACAGUCCUGCGAUACUUUCCCGACGGAAUACGGAACUGCUAUGAUCUGAGUAUCGUGCAAGACACGAAAUAUUUGAUCUACGCUGUAUUCGUAUACGGAAACUACGAUGGUCGCAAUAGUUCUCCGAGAUUCGAUCUGUAUCUUGGCCCCAACCUGUGGAAAACAAUAGACUUACAAAGAGGAGACGGUGCGAAGGAGGAGAUCAUUCACGUCUCAAGGUCGAACUCUUUGAGUAUAUGUCUGGUUAAGACAGGAACAACUACUCCAAUGAUCUCAGCUUUGGAGUUACGGCCAUUGAGAUACGAGACGUAUAUUUCUCAAGCUGGUUCUUUGAAGACCUUGUUCCGCUUCUAUCUCAGCAAAAGCGAGAACUUUCUUCGGUAUCCUCAGGAUGUCCAUGACCGUGUCUGGAUUCCGUACUUCGAAUCGGAUUGGACGUUGAUAAGUACAACUCUGAAUGUAAAGGACUCUGACGGUUAUGAACUACCCCGAGCUGCAACGGUGACCGCUGCCACUCCGGCCAACGCUACCGAGCCAUUGACCAUCAUCUGGAGCCUGGAUGCCCCCAAUGGCCAAGUUCAGGUGUACCUUCACUCUGCAGAGAUCCAAGACCUGCGAGCCAACGAAACCAGGGAAUUCAGCAUUUCGGAGAGCGAUAAACUUUAUGACGGAAAUUAUAGUGCGAAAAAGUUGGAAAUGGAGACUCAAUUCAACUCGUUGCCUGCUAAAUGCGACGGAGGGGUAUGCCGUCUGAAGCUGGUUAGAACUCAGAGAUCGACCCUUCCUCCCUCUUUGAACGCUAUCGAAGUUUACUCGGUGAUUGAGUUUCCACAGUCGGAAACUGAUCAAAACGAUGUUGCUGCAAUAAAGAACAUCCAAGCUGCUUAUGGAUUAGAUAUCAUCGGCUGGCAAGGAGAUCCAUGCGUCCCUAAGCAGUUCAUGUGGGAUGGUUUGAACUGCAGCAUUCCCGAUAUUUCUACGCCGCCCAGAAUCAUUUCUUUGUGA